UAAACUCACCGGCCAACAGACCGGGUAAAAAGCUAGUAGUCUUAUAGGACAUUACUAUUUGGUGAGUGAGAAUAUAUCAUGAGUCAUCUUAUAUCAAUAGCGUUAGUCAAUUGCACGCUAUUUCACAUUAUAUAUCAUAUAAUUAAUUGUUUAUUGAUUUGAUUAUAUGUGACUAAAUUAGUUUUGAACUACACACCAGUUUAUAGCACAUGAAAGGAUCCAAGUUCUCUUGCCACCAUAUAUAAAACAAAUAAAGUUAUGAUAGUAAGGUAAAUUAUCCUUUAAACUUUAAAUUGAUAAAUUCAUAACCUUGCAGUCCAUCAACAAAUACAACAAGCAAACAACAAACUUUUAAUUUCAUAAUGGACCAUAUCCACCACAAAUCCUUGAUUUUUCAAAUACUUCAUUUUAACAAAUGCCUCAUUUUCCCAAAUCCAACAAGCAAACGACUUCUAAGGCAUUGUCUAUAGUAAAACUUAUUGUAAAAUGAAUCAUUUCAAGUAUGAUAUAUGGUUAACACCCUAUUUUGUCCUGAAGUUUAGUGCAAGUGUCAGUUUUGGCCCGAAUUUUCGAAUAAGACAGUUAUGGCCUACUUUUCAAAUUAUUGGACAGAUUUGGCCCCAUGUUUGGGUUGACCACUACAACUGAUGGUCAAACAUUUAUUCAAUCAGCGACUCAACAUUCCGUGCAAAGGUGGCAGCGACAUGACUGGCGCAUCAUUUCCACAUAAUUUAUUUGUUGAAAAUGAAAAAUAUAUGAAAAUGAAAAAUAAAUAUUUGAAGAAACAAGCAGAAGACUGGGAGCCUUCUUCUACCCCUAUUAUUUGGUCGCAAAUAACACUCUGUUCCAAUCUCCCAUCCCCUUCUACCAUCCCACCUCACCAUCACCAAUCUCACAUUCAUCAUUUCCCCCAAAUCAUCCUCCACCUUCCCAUGCAUCUAGGGCUGUCGGUUCGGUUCGGGUCGGGUAACCGAACCCGAAACCCGUGAAAACCGAAAAACCGAACCCACCCCCUCACAAACCGAAACCGAACCCGAAAUACAUUCCUGUGGGUUUCGGGUACUGGAACCCAAAAUUGAUGCUGGCGAGUUUUGUUCGGUUCGGGUGAAACCGAAACCGAACCGGCCAUUUUUUUUUUCCCCCUUCUUCCUUCCGUCCCCUGCUGCUACUUCUGAGAGAAUGGAGUUCAUGGAGUUAUAGCAGCAGAAGCAGCAGUACCCAACAAAACCAAAACAACAGGGUAGCAAAAUAUCAAAGACAAAUGGAUCCCUUCAAUUCCUGGCUGCUUUCUCGUUACCUGGUUGGGUAAAUCAUGAAUGGUUUUGACUGUUAUUCUGCUUCUUCUUCUUCUUCUUCUUCUUCUUCUUCUUCUUCUUCCAGUACACGCCAUUAACAGCCAUCUGGUUCAGAAUCAUCAGUCCCUUUUUUUGGAAUGGGUAAAUUUCUGACUCUCUCUCUCUCUCUUCCUCUGUUUCUUUUCUCAAUUCUGGAGGCUCCACCACCGCCGCCAUGAAUGGCGCCCAAAAAAAUUCCCCCCCAAAAUCCCUAAUCCGCAACCAAAAUCCCCCGCAAUUCACAAACCCAACCGAACCAAAACCAGAUUCAAUUCCCUUCCGACCCUAAAGCUCCAAAGCCCUCAAUUCCUCCCUUUCUCUCUCACUUGCACCAAAAACUCCCACCAACAGAACCCUGCUAUGUCAAUGUUAUUCUCAAUCGCCCACCAACAGACCUCUUCCUCAGAACUUCCUCUUCGAGAAUCUUCUGCCAGACUUGCUUAAUCUUGUCGAACUGCCUCUCUCUAGCUGUUGCUCUCUGUUUUAGCUUCCAUACUGACAAUUCGCGCUAACAAAGAAAACGAGUGUCUUUUGAAAGCUCUGGUCCCAAAUUGGUUCCCAAGUUUUGGCGCAUGCAGAGUCUGAGGGAGAUUGGAGGAGAUAGAUCAAACCCAUCUCUGGAAUAAUAUCAUCCACCACCCACCACCACCACAAAUUGAUCAAAUUGAUCAAUCCCACCCACCACCACCACAAAUUGACUCAACAGCAAGCAAUCAGAAAGCAAUCAAAGGCAGAAGCUUACUGGGAAUUCGUUCAACCCCAGAUUGAGAUGCGUCAGGUUCUUCAUUGCCCCAAUCUCAACUGGUAACGAAUCCGUGAAUCCAUUGCAGGAAAUGUCAAGAACCAGGAGCUGGCCCAGCCUCGUCUCGCUCUGUUUCGGCACAGAAUAAUAGGGGAAGGAUUUGAUGGCAGUCUGGCGGUGAGGACGAUGAUGGCGGCGCGGUGGAAUGGAACGAAGCGAAAGAGACGGCGACGGCAUGAGGUGAAGGCUGAAGGGCUGAAGAAAAAACCCUACAUUCGGUUUUUCGGUUUCUCUCUCGGGUUUCGGGUUUAUGAAACCGAAACCGAAACCAAAAGUCACGGGCCGAAACCGAAAAAACCGAACCCAUAUACACUGCUGCCGGUUCGGGUUCGGGUUAAACCGAAAACCCGAAACCGUUUUGACAGGCCUACAUGCAUCCAAACUCCCAACCAAUCACCAUCCUCAAAUCCAUCUCCUUCACCGUCACCACCUCCCAAACCCUCGUUGUCAUCGUAACUAGUAGCACUGAAAAAUCCAAGUCGGCGAAUUAAAGAGGAACUUCUAUCCGGAAAUUAAAGUGGCGGAACACCAGAUGGUGGUUGAUUAGAAGAACAAGAAGCUUGUUGUGGAAGCGCUGAGACAACAAACUACAAACUCCCACAACGAUUAUGAAAAUCAUUGAGGCUGAAAUUGGGAAAGCCGACACAUCUGAAAUUGAAAUAGACUCCUCGGUUGGUGAAUGGGUGGUUAACGAAGGAAGGGAGAGUGGCCUGGAUACGAAGACGACGCCGACAUUGAGGAGGGCAGGGGACUGUGACGGGUCGUUGACGAAAGAAACGACGUCGAUGUUGGAGAAGGCAGGUGACGCAACGCCGAUGUUGAAGGUGGCGAGUGAUUAUGUCAGGUCGUUGAAGAAGGAAUCGAUGUCGCCGUUGAUGAAUCCAGGGAAAGCGACGCUGGUGUUGGUGAUUGCGAGUCUGCUACUUUGUGCAACGAAGGAAGACUAGGUAGAGGAGUGGGAAGAAGGCCAAAAAUUAGGGAUUUUGACCGACAAUUAUUUUUUUGGUCUUCACUUUUUCUAUUUUAAUUUGUUCUUUUGUUUUUAAUUUUUUCAAACUAUUAAAUAAAUUAUUAUUCAAUGAUGUGAUGUCAUGCAUUAGCCACAUCAUUAGUUUUUUGUCGAGUCAUUAACAGUGAGAAUGUUUGACCGUUAGUAACGUUCAAUCCAAAUGUCGGGCCAAAUUUGUCCAAUAAUUUGAAAAGUAGCCCACUACUGUUUUAUUCAAAAAUUUGGGCCAAAACUGACACUUACGCUAAACUUUGGACCAAACUAGAGCAUUAACCCUUGGCACUUACUCUAACCUUCGGACCAAACUAGAGUGUUAACCCUAUGAUAUAAGACAAUAUGAUUUUCCCAAGAGAAACACGGUUUGAGUAAGAGGAAAACACGACCAUGUUCCGAUAAUAAGAGAUCGUGUAACUUAUGCCAAGAAGGAACAUGACCAGACUCCAAACAUGGCCACGAUCGUGUUUUACCCUGAAGGUUCUCAUGUUUCACCUUGAAGAACUUAACCGAAACGAUGUGAUUGAAGAAACACGAGCUAGAGCUAAAACACGGACAUGGAACACGAUCAUGUUUUGGCCAGCUGUUGGGUUAAGUGCAAAUUUUUGGAUUUUUUAGAGGGGUCCUACUUUUGAUAGCAGAAACAGAGUUCUAAGAGAAAGUGAUGGAGAUAAAUACCUUAGAGCUUAUUUGAGCCCCCAAUCCACCAUCGGAGCUCGAAGUUUGUUCCUUGGAGUGCAUAUUGACAUCUUGGAGCAGAUCAUCAUCAUCUUUACAUGACUACUUCGAGCAUGGUUUUCCUCUCUCUCGAUGGAGUGAUCUUCUCUCUCACUUGAGUAUGAAGAACCCUAGUUCCAUGUGUUAGGAGAAGGAUUGUAUGAACCAUUGGAUUGUUGAAUUGAUUUGUUAUAUUCAACUGAGGCAUAUUUAAUAAUUUAUUGAGUCUUGGUCACAUUCCUUUUAUUCUUGCUUUUACCUAGGAGAGAUAAUAUCUUAUUGGGUUAAGAGAGCAACCUUAAUUGGAGCCGGUAAUGAAUUGAUUGCACUAAUAAUGAAUCAAUUCAUCAGUACAGAGCAAUGAAUUGAUUCAUUCCAGUAGAGGAGGUCUAUUUGCAUUGCCUUGGCAUUUUCGUUCGGUUCAGGAUAAUCUCCCAUCAUCUAAUCUGUUUAAGAGAGCUUCGUCUACUUUACUCGAGAUUCCAAGCAAUAUCAGACCUUCUAGUGUAUAAUUAUCAAUGAACUUAACUCUAAGGUAAAUUUCAACUUUGACCUAACUACGGACUAGGUGGGCACAUACUUGAGUGACCUUUCUUGCAUCUGAAAUUUAAUAAACUUUCGUCGCUUUGUUCACUUAGCUUUAGUAAAUGUCAUUAUAACUG